ACCGCUUUCAGAAGAGCCCGUUUCAGGAUUUAUCCGGCCAGCCAAUUUGUUUCCUUAAAGAUUAAAAGUUAAUAAUUGCUCAGUAGUUUGUCGUCAAAACACGCCGGUGUUCUUCGGUCCACUGCGUAAAAGCGCACCUUUGUCAACUUUAUGCCAGUCAGCGCGUAAAAGGGCGUGUGCGCGAGAGGGCUCGAGAGGGCCGCUCUGGCCCGUGAAACGGGACUGAAACGGAAUCUGACUUUGGUUUUCUACCGGUCAUGUCUGCAAAGUAAAUGUACAGGAGAGACGCUCUUGUAUAAAGCGGGGAUGGGGAAAAUGCCUUAUUCAACCGCAGUGACGCCAACACCGCCGGUCGAACCAAAGAAGGUUAUUGUGGCUUCCGUAGCCAGUGUAGUGUUUUUUAUAGUAUUCGUGUUGGUGCUGGUGGUCCGCUAUAGAAAGGAUCCUCUGUGCUGCAGGGAGAGGACCGCCUACCAGGGCCGACCACAUUAUACAAAUGCUCCUACCCAGUACCACAGGAGGCACUCAUUGAUUAGCUACGCUUACAACGAACACAGUGCUGCCAUACAGGGUGCUCCUGGACAUCAGCUGGCUGGAGGAUUGUUCAUCAUUGGAAAGCCAAAUGAUUACCAGUUGAAUGGGCCUGUGCCACGGCUGCCUUCCUAUGAGAGUGUACGUAAAAAGGACCGACAGAGGCAGAUCCACUCUAUGAUCGCCCAGCGCUUCGGCCUCAGUGGCUCUUACUGUGAAGAUGAGCUUCCACCAACAUACGAGGGGACCCUCCGUCAGUCUGUUGAAAUAUCUCCUGUGGACUUUCAGACUUUGGACCUGCAGCUGUCGAUCCAUACAAACACACAAAACUCACAACCCAACCAAAACUUGUGCCCCGUUCAGCAGUCAUCACAACAUCAAGGCCCCACUGUGUCCAACCAACUGACACAAAGCUCCAACCUGGGGUCACUGUCUAUUUAAAUGUUGAUCCUAGAUCUGUUGCCAAGCUAGAGGCUGAGGAAGAGCUGGUUACAGAGCCAAGCCAAUGAUAUCAUUGGGGGCAAGAGCAGAGUUUGGGGAAUGACUCCUUUGAGGCAUGGCCAUUGAUAGACGUCUGUGAUUACACUUGUUGGAAUUCCCCUAAUUACAGUUCUGAAGCUGUACUAUCAGAGGGUCCUGGUGACCAGGACAAAUGAAUCAAUUCAUUUCAAUAAUUAAUAUGGACAAGGAUAGUGGCUCGCCCACUGUGCUUCUGCAUUCAGCAGAAGCCACUUCAUGGUGAAAACCUGCAUUGCGUGAAGUGUUAAGUCAGUCUUAAGAUCUCUACUUGGUCGAAGAGUGAGAGAAAGCAAUUGGACGACAACAAAGGGUUAAUUUUUAACCCAGGUCAGAUACCAAGUACAAAAAAUAGAUAAUCCACUUUAACCAAAGGACUGUCUAAACACACCACUUUUUUCUCUUUUUAAAGUGAGAUCAGCUAAAAAUCUCAACAUUCUCAGAUUGUCUUCUGGACUUUAGAUGCUGGAUGACUCGCAACUUUCUCUUAUUAACCAUUACCCGUCCUUCUGUUAGUACACACAUCUGAACACCAACUAUGUACUGUAUGCCUGCUGUGGUUUAUAUAUGCAAUGUUAAAACUCCCAUGCAAAGUGUACCAGGCAUUGUCCACACUCCCCUGCAUACCACAAGUAUUUACAAAAUACCAUCAUUACUGUUCAACUCCUAUUCUUGAUGGAAUAUGUCAAACAGACAAACCCAGUGACCAGAAAAAAAAGGUAUUGAUAUUUACACUUACAGCAAUACUCCUUAGCAUUCACAUUUAGGAUACCAGAGCAAGACUGCCAAUUAUCAGGAAUUUCUUUUCCACAUAUGAGCCUCAUCCUAAACCUCUGUUUAGAUCUGCACUUCAGAAAGUGGUUUUCUUAAAACUGAUUUUUGCUUCUGAACUUAUGCCAAAUUUAUGAGAGGACAGCUAAUAAAUAAAAAUACUCGUUUCAUUUUUUCUACUAUUCUUCUGUGAAGGGCAAUUUCAAUGACAUUUUAAACUUGAAUGAAUAUAAAGCGAGUGAACGGUAUAUUCAUUAAGUUUAGUAUAUAGUGAAUAUUGUAUAGGGCUAACACAAGCUGAUAACAAAAUUCAUUGAGACCUCUCGUGGUUGGUGAUAGAAUUGCAAACUUUUCUCCAAUAACAGCGGGAAUUGUAUUUUAGUCCAUUAAAUAAUUACUGGCAUUAAUCAAUAAAUUCCUUGUAUCAAAGCCAGAGU